AAAUCAGAAAGAAUGAAAGCAGAAGGGGAAUCCCUAGUACUAGUAGCCUCUGGAGUUUCAAUUGAAAUUGGAAGCUUUAAGCAUCAAAAUUGUACAGUACUAAACAAAAUUCAAUAGUCCACACAAAUUUGAAAGGUCUCUUAUUUAAAAACCGCACGAUGCCAAAAGGAACCAAGCUGCGCUUUGCCCUGAUCACCGAAGAUGUGCUGGAGAAGUUGCGCCCGAAUCCCGAGCCUACCGUUCCCAUUCGCAACGCCGUCAAGGAGGUCCUCAGCGAGGUGAUGGCAGAGCUGAAUAUCAACCAGAUGAUCGAAGACAAGCUCGUCGAGCUGCUGGAGCGUCGGGGAAUUGCCUCAAGCCAGAACACCAGCCCCGGCGGCUGCUGCAGCAUGACCGGCCUUGCCCUCACCAAGAAGUCAUCCAGUUUGGCAGUGCCCAUGUGCUCCAUGUCAUCCGAGCCCCCAAGGCCAAGCGAAAAGCGCAAGCGCCAUAAGAUUCAGGAGCACCCCCUGCUCCCUUCUGCGACUCAUGUGGCUACCAAGACGGGCAAAAUCAAGUCCCAAACGACUUGCACUCAGCCCACACAUCGGGAAGUGACCUUUGCACUUCAGGAUACGGCCUCCACACAUCGUGAUGCUGAUGCAGCCGCUAAAUCUCGUGAUGCAGCCGCCACAUAUCGUGAUCGAUUGAAUCGCACACAGCGGAAAAAUACAGCCUCCACACAUCGAGAUGCAGGCGCCUCACAACGAGAUAUAGCCGCCUUAUAUCGGGAAAUAACCUCUAAGAUGGGGCGAGCCGAAUUGAAGCCUUCCUAUCGGAAAUCCCGUCCCUAUGGCGAAGAGCAGGAGUUCGUAAACCCCAAGCUUCUGCGCAAAAAAUUAAAUGAGAACUAAGUAAAAUACCAAAUUAUCCCUACCAAAAAGGUAUCAUUACAUAUACCUAUGAUUAUUGAUUAAAUAAUUUGUUCAAAUUAAAAAUUAUUUAAUAUAAUUUGAAUACUC